AUGUCAAAUAAUACAACAAUUGUCAUCGUUCCGGGCGCUUGGCACACACGUGUGGCUUGGGAUCGCUUCAUUGAGACGCUAGAGGCCGCCAGCUACAAUGUCAUUUAUGUGCCCCUCCCCACGGUCGGUGGCACGGAGCUGCCGCUCAAAAGCCUCGAGGAUGAUGUUGCCGCCGUCCGCGACGUGCUAGCGCGCCUGGCAAAGGAGAACCGCGAUGCGCUGCUGCUCUGCCACAGUGCUGGCGGUUUGGUCGCGAGCAAUGCCGUCGAGGGCGUGGAGAAUGUGGCUGGAGUCGUUUACGUCACUGCUUUCAUGGUACCGAGGGGUAGUUCAUUGCUUGACAUGAUAGGCGGACGGCCUUUUGAUUGGAUGGAGGUAUUGGAGGAUCGCGUGCUAGCUAAUACCGCGCUAUUGCCGCAGGUGGCUUUCAACGAUUUGGAUGACCCUACACAAAGAAGAGCUUGCAAGGAUAUGACACAUACUUCCCUCAAGCUGUUCUCCAGCCCGUCCAGCCACGAGCCUUGGUCAAACGGUGUCAAGUGUGGCUUUGUCUUUUGCUCUGAAGAUAACGCUGUGCCGCUGCCGAUUCAGCAACAGAUGGCUGCACAGCUUGGACCUGAGUGUAUUACUGCCACAGUCAAGGCUGGACACUGUCCCUUCAUCAGCGUUCCCCAACAGUUGCUCGAUGCGAUUGAGAGCGUCUCUGGCCGGCUACGACAGGCUUCGGUGAAUCACAUAGCAGCUGUCCAAACUGGAUCUUGUACCAAAUUGUAA